AAAAUAAAAAUAGAAAAAAAUCAACAAAUCAACAAAUGACAGAUAAUAGAUUACAAUAAAAAGAAAUAGAGGAAUUAAUGUAAAGAAAUCCUCACUUGAAAGUUUAAACUUACGAUCAAAUUCCCAAUUUAUCAACUCUUUCGCCUGAAGUUAUAUCUCGUUAAGCAACAAUAAACAUUGGUACUAUAGGUCAUGUUGCCCACGGAAAAUCAACAUUAGUCCGUGCCAUAUCCGGAGUCCAUACUGUAAAAUUUUAAUAAGAGAAAGUCCGUAACAUUACAAUCCGUUUAGGUUAUGCAAACGCUAAAAUAUUUAAAUGUCCAAAAUGUCCAUCUCCUGAAUGUUAUAAAUCAUUCGAAAGUUCCAAAAAUGACGAUGCGAAAUGUCCUAAUGAAAACUGCGAAACUAUAAUGGAAUUAGUUCGUCAUGUAUCAUUCGUAGAUUGCCCCGGUCAUGAUAUUUUGAUGAGUACAAUGUUAACUGGAGCAGCUGUAAUGGAUGCUGCUUUAUUAAUAAUAGCAGGAAAUAUGAGUUGUCCCUAGCCUUAGACUGCUGAGCAUUUAGCUGCUGUUGAUAUUAUGAAAUUGAAGUAAAUUUUAAUCAUAUAGAAUAAGGUUGAUGUUAUUUUCAAAGAUCCUUAGGCUGCUUAGAAUAAUUAUAAAGAAAUUAAAAAUUUCAUUUUGGGAACAAAUGCUGAAAACUCACCUAUUAUACCAUGUUCGGCUUAAUUGAAAUAUAAUGUUGAUGCUGUAUGUUAGUAUAUUUGCUCCUAUUUUGCUGUACCUUUAAGAGAACUUUAAGUACCACCUAAAUUAAUCAUUAUUAGGUCCUUUGAUGUCAAUAAACCGGGGGCGACUGUCAAUAAGUUGAAAGGAGGCGUUGUUGGAGGAUCUAUUCUUUAAGGAGUACUUAAAAUAGGAGAUGAAAUAGAAAUUAGACCAGGUCUAAUUAAUAAAGAUGCAAAUAAUAACGUUAAAUGUACACCUAUUAAGUCCAGAGUAGUGUCUUUAUUAGCGGAAAAAAAUGAAUUACUUUAUGCUGUACCUGGAGGACUUAUUGGUGUCGGGUUACUAGUGGAUCCAUCCAUUACUAGAAAUGAUAGAUUGGUAGGAAAUGUGUUAGGAUAUCCGGGAAAAUUACCUGAUAUUUAUACUAAAAUUGAAGUCAAUUAUUAUCUUUUGAAAAGAUUAAUUGGAGCGAAAGUUGAAGGGGAUUCUAGAACUCAUAGAAUUUAAAAAAUCACUUAAGAAAUUCUUAAAUUUAAUGUUGGAUCUACUGAAACUCCAGGAAGAGUUGUUGAAGUUAAAGAGAAUGUUAUGAUGGUAGAAUUAAAUCUUCCUAUUUGUACUUAAAUUGGUGAAAAAGUAGCUUUUUCAAGAAGAAUUGAUAAAAAGUUUAGAUUAAUUGGUUGGGGUGUUAUUAAAUCAGGAAAAACUAUUAAUUAAUGAUUUCUUUUUUAUAUUUAAAAUGUUUUUUAUUUAAAAAAUUGAUUUUCUAU